GACACCCGUGUAGUACUGCACGCGGUGCCACAGCAUGCCUGUUGCAGUGAUGUGUGUGUGUGAGAGUGUGUGUCCAUGAUGCACACCUAGGAGUCCUUCUUAAAUGUGUGUGCCACCCCUCGGGAGCCACAAAAGCUACACAACAAAGGGGCACAACCAAGGCAGAGUGGAGGCUGCACUAGGAAAGCAGCGAGGGAGAGCGGUAGUAGCCAUCCGGGGUUGCGCGGUGUGGGUCUGACAGUUUUGCUGAUGAAUAGCGGGGAGGGGUGUACGUGCCAUUUAUGUGAUGGCUGUAGCUGCGUGUCUGUUACAACAGAAGCUUUUGCUCCAGCCACAAACAUAAUCAGAGAACCGGUCGUUGGCUCGCUGCUUCUUUCAUUUCACCUCCCUCAUCAGAGAAACGGUAACCAGGUCUGCCCCGGGACCCUUGCACCGGGACUGACUGCGGUGGGAAGCCUCUACUAUGACCCGCACCAUUUCCUGUGCUCUUCCCUCCAUCCGGAUCGACUGUCUCCAGUUGCAGUGGACAACCGGGGACUGUCCACACUAGAAGCCAAGCGCCGCCUGGUUCUGUCUGAGACCACCACGCUGGGCUCAACUGGUGUGGGGAAGAAAACUCGUCUGCCACCGCAGGUACUUUUCUGAGCUGCCCCGAGAAGCCUGGCUGAGGCGAUCGGGAACUUUCAGAGGCUUGGCUCGGUUGACUGUUUUACACAAAGGGUUUUCAAGGCAAAAGGUGUCUUUUGAGAUCAAGCGAGCUCCGCGCAUGCGUCGGCCUGUUGGGAAUUAUUGCUGUGCCUUGGACUAAGUUGCAUUCCGUGGAUCUUCGCCGAAACGCCAAUUCUUCAGACCGAGUUAGGAAUGUGGACAGUUCACAGGCUAGAGUAUUUUGGGAUUCUGUCGCUCCCGGUGAUGAUAGCCAUGGUGUGCUGCACGCAAAGCGUUAAUGAGCCUAGCAACAUGUCAUACGUGAAAGAGACCGUGGAUAGAUUGCUCCAUGGAUACGACAUUCGCUUGAGGCCAGACUUUGGAGGUGCUCCAGUUGACGUUGGGAUGAGGAUAGACAUUGCUGGUAUAGACAUGGUCUCAGAGGUCAACAUGGACUAUACACUCACAAUGUAUUUCCAGCAGUCCUGGAGAGACAAAAGGCUGUCUUACUCGGGAAUACCUUUGAACCUAACUUUGGACAACAGAGUAGCUGACCAGCUCUGGGUGCCAGACACAUACUUCCAAAAUGACAAAAAGUCAUUUGUUCAUGGGGUUACAGUGAAAAAUCGAAUGAUUAGACUACAUCCUGAUGGAACAGUCCUUUAUGGCCUACGGAUCACAACUACAGCUGCUUGCAUGAUGGAUCUACGCAGAUACCCUCUGGAUGAACAAAACUGCACACUAGAAAUUGAAAGUUAUGGAUACACCACUGAUGAUAUUGAAUUUUACUGGAAUGGAGGGGAAUCUGCAGUAACAGGAGUUAAUAAUAUUGAGCUCCCACAGUUCUCAAUUGUGGAUUACAAAAUGGUAUCAAAAAAAGUAGAAUUUACAACAGGGGCAUAUCCUCGAUUAUCACUUAGCUUUCGGCUUAAACGAAAUAUUGGUUACUUCAUUUUGCAAACCUACAUGCCCUCCACACUGAUCACAAUUCUAUCGUGGGUAUCUUUUUGGAUCAACUAUGAUGCCUCUGCUGCAAGAGUUGCCCUAGGAAUCACAACUGUGCUGACCAUGACCACAAUCAGCACUCACCUCAGGGAGACACUGCCAAAGAUUCCCUAUGUAAAGGCAAUAGAUAUUUACCUGAUGGGGUGCUUUGUGUUUGUAUUUCUGGCCUUGCUGGAAUAUGCCUUUGUAAACUACAUAUUCUUUGGAAAAGGCCCUCACCGUCAAAAAAAGGCAGCUGAGAAAGCUAUUGAUGAGAAGGGCAAACCAGAGAUGAAUAAAGUCCAGGUUGAUGCCCAUGGAAAUAUUCUUCUUACAAGUCUGGAAUUAAGGAAUGAGGUUAGCAGCUCAGAAGUGUUCACAGGUAUCAGUGACCCAAGAGCCACCAUGUACUCCUAUGACAGUGCCAGCAUCCAAUAUAGACGACCCAUCUCAAGCAGAGAACUCUACAGCAGAAGUACUUUGGACAGGCAUAUGGCUCAUAAAAAGGGACGCUUACGGAGAAGGGCAUCACAGCUCAGAGUCAAAAUCCCAGACCUGACAGAUGUUAAUUCCAUAGACAAAUGGUCAAGGAUGGUCUUUCCUAUCACAUUUAUUCUUUUCAAUGUAGUUUAUUGGCUUUACUAUGUGCAGUGAUUUAUGCACUGAUCAUCUCAUCCUUAGAUUUAUUUUCUUCCUUCAUUUUGUUAAUCCUCAAGGACUGCUGUAGCUAUAAUGCUACAUUUCCAAGGUAAGAUACUCAGCCAUUUAGCAGUUCUUGGUUUAAAAACCUCACAGUUUAACCAUGUUCACUUCAGCAUGUUAUUAUUUCAGAUCUGCUCUUAAAGAGCAACUUCAGCAAGGGAAUAAGUGCUAUGCCUAUAAUCAUCCUUUUUUUUAAAAUAUCUUCCAUGAUUUUUCCUAUCUCCUUUUAUCUUUGUCAGAUUAUUUUCCACCUCAUUCUGGUAGAAUAACACCUUUCAAAAAAGGAUGUAUAGUGUUGACAAGUGCCCUAUAUGAGAGUUACAGCUUUCCUACAUUAAUGAGACUCAAAGAAGUGGGAAAAUAUCUGUUUUAAGAAUUAUGUCUAAUUUAUAUAGAAUAUUAUUCAAAAGUGAGUAAUCAAAGGCUGGCCUUUGAGAGUGUUUGCAGGAGGUACCAGUCAAGGACACAAGUCCCAACUAUCAUUUUCCAUAAGGGUAGGAUUUUCAAAGAAGCAGAAGAAAGAUAAGUGCCCAAAUCAGGAUCACCAGAUGGGUCAGGAAGCUUGGACCCAUCACUUAAAUGUGCCCGCCUACUUUUUAUUGUAAGAGCAAAUGAUGAGGGGAAGGAUUUCAGGAGGAAGAGGUGGUAUGGGGACAAGACCUUGGGAAGAAGAGACCCCAGUGUCUCCCUCCCCUCGCCUACACACACACACACUUACUUUUUAGGAACUUCCAUCACUCGUGGCACAAAAUCCACUGAAAUGGAAUGCAGAAAUUACAACAGAAGAGCUUUGCUGACUUUAUUACAGUUUUAACAGAAAAAUACACACAAGACUGUAUUUUUUUAAAUACAGUUAAACCUGACAUUUUGUGCAUAUGGAUUUUGUUCAGGAUAAAUACAGUCCAAAUCACAAUAUUACUUCUGAUCAGCAAGAUUUGUAGCCAGCCUCCCAGUCUAAAAUAACUCCAGAAGAUGUUGUUUACAGUGAAAGCUUGCACUGCCAUAGCAAUUGGAAGUGAAAGUCUCCGUUUUGUAGUUGUGCAUUUGAUUUUUCCUUAAGUGUACUACUUUGCCCUUCUCUUUAAUGAAUUUCAUCUCAUUGUUUCAGACUAGUCAUCCCAUUUCUAAAGGUCAGCUUGCUUUCUAAUCUUGUCCUCAAGACAAUCCCUUCUGGUGUGGUGCCCUCCAAACGUUUUAUAAGCAUAUUCUCCACUCCAUUACCCAAGUCAUUAAUAUUGACUACUACCAGACUGAGGACAGACCUGUGGAAUUCUGAUAAAUAUAUGUCCCAGUUUGACAGUGAACCAUUCAACAGUACUCUUUGAGUAUGAUCUUUCAGCCAGUUAUGCACCCACCUAAUACUCAUUUCAUUUGGACCACAUAUCCCUAGUUUAUGAGAACAUCAUGUGGGACUAAGACGGGUUAGGCAAAUACCGGCCCAUGAGAUGGAUCCAGUCUGCCAGAGUUAGUGGUGGGGGCCCUCCAGGAGCUAUAUUUACCUCCACAGCCCCAGGGACCAGCAAUCCCAGCUCCUGUUGGCCAUGGAUCACCAUUCCUG